CAACCGCAGCAACAGGAAGUGGAGCAAACAACAACAACAUCAAUAAGGAAAUAUUAUUAUUGUCAACAGCAUUUGGGUGUAUCAAAUCGAAAUCUGUUGCCAUGGGUCGCAAAAAAAUUCAGAUUUCACGCAUCACCGAUGAACGCAAUCGACAGGUGACCUUCAACAAACGCAAGUUUGGCGUUAUGAAGAAGGCCUAUGAGCUGUCCGUGCUGUGCGAUUGCGAGAUAGCGCUGAUCAUCUUCUCGUCCAGUAAUAAGCUCUAUCAAUAUGCCAGCACCGAUAUGGAUCGUGUAUUGCUCAAAUAUACCGAAUACAAUGAGCCACACGAAUCGCUAACUAACAAGAAUAUCAUUGAGAAGGAGAACAAAAACGGCGUCAUGUCACCGGAUUCACCCGAAGCGGAGGCCGACUAUACGCUAACACCCCGCACCGAAGCCAAAUAUAAUAAGAUCGACGAGGAAUUUCAGAAUAUGAUGCAGCGCAGCCAAAUGAACAUUGGCGGCGUUACGGGUGGCGGUGGCGGUGGAGGAGGAGGCGGCGGCGGCGGUGGCGGUGCACCAAAUCGACCCAUGCCAAAUACGAGCUACACGCUGCCAGUAUCGGUGCCAGUGCCAGGCUCCUACGGUGAGAAUCUGCUGCAGGCCAGCCCACAAAUGUCCCACACAAACAUCAGCCCACGUCCAUCGAGUUCGGAGACGGAUUCAGGUGGGAUGUCCUUAAUAAUCUAUCCAUCGGGUACCAUGUUGGAGAUGUCAAACGGUUAUCCACAUUCACAUUCGCCGCUUGUGGGAUCACCCAGUCCAGGUCCCAGUCCUGGCAUAGCGCAUCAUUUGCCCAUUAAACAGCAAUCGCCGGGCAGCCAGAAUGGCAGAGCUUCCAAUUUGCGUGUCGUCAUACCGCCCUCCAUAGCGCCGAAUAUGUCGGCGACAGCGGACGAUGUUGCCUAUGCAGAUCAGCGCCAGAGCCAGACGUCACUGAAUACGCCGGUAGUGACGUUGCAGACACCGAUGCCGCCGCUGGCGAGCUAUACGUUUGGGGCGCAGGACUUUUCGCAGUCGGGUGCGAUGAGCGCGGACAUAAUGGGCCUGCCGCAGUGGCAUCAGGGUCUCGUGCAGCACACUAGGUGGGUAGUCCAGGCCCCGAGCCCGGCGAAUAGCAGCAGCAGCAGCCCCAGCAGGCAAACACUUAACGGCGACCAACAUCAUAAUCUGCCUUGCAGUCUAUCGCAUCUGGCUGUCUCGAAUAGCACACCGCCGCCCGCCAGUUCGCCCGUCUCCAUCAAGGUCAAAGCGGAACCGCAAUCGCCGCCACGUGAUCUCUCUGCCAGCGGCGGUGGUGGUGGCGGCGGCGGCGGCGGCGGCGGUGCCAGUGGCGGUGGUGGCCAUCAGCAUAACAGCAACGGCUCCACGGGCAGUGGCUCGAGCAGCAGCAGCACCAGCAGCAAUGUCUCAACAGCGGGCGUCCUAACAGCCAUCAAUGCCAUCACACAGUUGGGCGGUGCCGGGGUCUUAACGCCCGGCGGAGGCGGCGGCGGCACAAAUGGCAGUGCAGAACAGGCCACCAAUCUGAGCGUCCUAAGUCAUUCGCAACAGCAUCUGGUCAUGCCCAAUUCGCGGCCCUCCUCAACAGGUCACAUAACACCGACACCAGGGCAUGAUAAGUAUGAAGGAUAUCCGUACCGUGCGCUUAUGGGACAUAAUCCUAGAUGGAAUUUUGCCGAUUUUAUUAUCUUAAACGCAGGUGCGUCCAAUGGCGAGCAGGAUGUGCGCCUACAAGCGGUUGCGGUGCAGCAGCAGCAGCAGCAACAACAGCAGCAACAGCAACAGCAGCAGCAGCAACAACAACAGCAACAUCAACAACAGCAACAGUUGAGCGACUAUGAUGCGCCCAAUCACAAAAGGCCAAGAAUAUCCGGCGGCUGGGGUACAUAGCCGGCACGUGGCGCCAGCUAUAAGCUACAGCCACAACAACAACAACAACAGCAACACCAGCAACAUCACAGCAACAACAGAAAGCCAGUCAGCAGCAGCAGCAGCAGCUGUGACAAUGAUCUGGUCAUGAUGCCGCCGCCUCCACGUAAAGAACGCGUGUUCCACACGGCUGCCAGCUAUGGGCGUGGCAACGGCUAUGACUGCUAUAGCCAACAUCUGGCCGUGGGCUAUGGUCCGCAGCAGCAGCAGCAACAACAACAACAAUAAAUAAUAAUAAUAAACAACAACAACAACAACAAAAAACACAACAUGAACAGAGCACAGUAAAGUUUCCAGACCAGUGCAAUAGUUUUGAUGAAUUUUAGUCAGCUGGAAGCGAAAAGUUUUGUUAUUGGUUUUCUUUUAAAUAUUAAGCGAAAAACAAGUGACAGUGUCAUAUCUACAAUUAUUGUCUAAUAUGUAACUU